AUGGGUAUCAUAAAAAUUCCAUUUUUCUUCCUUCUCUUCUUCCACCUUGUUCCAUGUUUGAUUGACAGUGCAGGAAUAUGUCCAAUUCAAUGGUGCACAAAAUUUGAGCCAACAAUUCGAUUUCCUUUUACUUUAAAAGAUCGUGGUAGCGAGGUAUGUGAUUCACCCUGUUACACACUUACUUGCGAUGAAACGAAUAAAACAGUACUAGAGCUACCAUUGUCCGGUAAAUUCUUCGUUCGAAAUCUAUACGACUUUUUGCAGAAGAUUGAAAUCUAUGAUCCAGAUAACUGCCUGCCGAAACGUAUUUUGAAGUUGAAUCUUUUGGGUACACCUUAUCAUCUUGGUGAGCUUGGAGUUUCAUAUCAGAAGUAUUCGUUCCUCAACUGUUCUUCAUCGAUUGAUAGUCUUCUAAAAAUAACAGCAAAGCUGACACACAUCCGUUGCCUAAGUAGCUCCACCCACACAGUUAUCUCUGUGGAUGUUCCGACUGCAAGUGUUGCUCCGCUCAAUACAAGUUGUUUGCAUAUUGCUGUUGUUCCGAUCCCAAAUUCACCGUUCCAGAAUGACGUUCCUGUUGAUUUGAAUGAAAAUUUUGUUCUUUCUUAUCCCACUUGUCAAAAGAAAAGUGAUGAUCGAAAAACGAUUCUCGUACUCUGCUUUGCCAUCGGAUUGCCAAAUUUUUUAUUCGUCUUGUGUUUGGGCUAUAUAGCGUAUAUCGCUUGUUACCGAGAUAACAACUCUUACGGAGGAAGAAGAUAGAGUUGCUAAAUCUUGUCUUAGAUUGGAGUAGGUUUUUAUUUUGUCCAUAGAAUCUGUAAUGCAGUGGUAGACUCUUUUUCUAAUUAUUUUCAUGUAAUCUUGAUUGGGAGGGUGCUCCUCCUCUUUGCAUCGUGCAAAAACUUUUGGUCGGUAAAUCUGAUACUUGGAGAUGUAAACUCUUCCUCCGCCAUAUUAGAAGGCCCCACCGAUAUAUUUCCGGCCUUGGCCACCGUUUAA